CGGCCUGGGUCUCGUCCCGCCUGAGGUGUACCGCUGCAGGGUAUGGACCUCUUACGCGGCAGUUAUCGGAUAGAAGGACCUCCAGCUGGGGAACGUGAAAUCGAGCAUUUAUCAACGUCAGCAUAUAUGAUCAAACCCCUCUUGGAUUGACUCUCCUUCUCAAAUCACAUCCAAGGCAUAACAAUACCAAUGGCAAGCAAAAUGGCCUCCUGCAUCUUCUGCAAAAUCAUCAAGGGCGAUAUCCCCUGCUUCAAGCUCAUUGAGACCGAGAAGACGCUCGCCUUCCUAGACAUUAACCCGCUCAGCCGGGGCCACGCCCUCGUCAUCCCGAAGUUCCACGGCGAGAAGCUGACCGACAUCCCCGAUGAGCACCUGAGCGAUAUCCUGCCCAUCGCCAAGAAGCUUGUCGCGGCGACGGGCGCCCAGGAGUACAACAUCCUGCAGAACAAUGGGAGCGGGGCGCACCAGGUGGUUGAGCAUGUUCAUUUCCAUAUGAUCCCCAAGCCGAACCCGGAGGAAGGCCUCGUCAUCGGCUGGCCCCAGCAGCCGACGGAUAUGGAUAAGCUCAAGGCGCUGUUUGAGGAUAUCAAGUCCAAGGUGUAAAUGCGAAGGGAUGUAUGGAGAGGUAGGUGGCGUUGGGGUAAGGGGAGACGUGUGUGUAUUCAAAUUCUCGAGUCGGUUCCUCAAGAGAAAUAGGAGGCCGUAGUCAGAGUCCGAAUAGGUUCACUCCAUUCUCAGCAAGUGCGUGAAUUUGUGUGACCCCCCGGCAAGGCGCAGACAUAAUAUUUUAUCGCGAGUUCAAUAAC